CUGGUGGUGCCUGCUUCCUCUUCUAGUUUGUUUAGUCACAGAAUUCGAUUCCUGUUGGCCGGUUACGCGCCUACAAACAGGCUUAGCGCUCUAUUGAAAUGCGUGAGGCUCCUUAACUCUUGUAUAAACAGAAACCAGCUGUAACUUUAGGUCAGAGCGCAUUAAAAUGAGCCACUUCUGAACGAGCAGCGCCCAGGCCCCAGGCCCUGCUGCGAAGGCCCCGGCAAAGGUCAGGGUUUCGUCCGCGUGACGUUCCUUCCUGCGCGCGUCCAAGCGGUGCUGUGCCUCAGGAUUUGCUUCAAAGGGCAUGCCAAAAAUUGAACUGAAAAAUCCCAAGCAAGCUGCCUGAAUUUCCCUGUAUAUUCUUGUUCUACAUCCUAUAAAAGGACCAGACAAACCAAAUUAGUGGGGUUUUGGUCUCCUCCAGCCGUGGAUGCCUUUGACAUUAUGACCGCAGAGGACUCCACCGCAGCCAUGAGCAGCGACUCGGCCGCCGCGUCCUCGGCCAAGGUGCCCGAGGGCGUGGCCGGCGCGCCCAACGAGGCGGCGCUGCUGGCGCUGAUGGAGCGCACGGGCUACAGCAUGGUGCAGGAGAACGGGCAGCGCAAGUACGGCGGCCCGCCGCCCGGCUGGGAGGGCCCGCACCCGCAGCGCGGUUGCGAGGUCUUCGUGGGCAAGAUCCCGCGAGACGUGUACGAGGACGAGCUGGUGCCCGUGUUCGAGGCGGUGGGCCGCAUCUACGAGCUGCGCCUCAUGAUGGACUUCGACGGCAAGAACCGCGGCUACGCUUUCGUCAUGUACUGCCACAAGAACGAGGCCAAGCGCGCCGUGCGCGAGCUCAACAACUACGAGAUCCGCCCGGGCCGCCUGCUCGGCGUGUGCUGCAGCGUGGACAACUGCCGCCUCUUCAUCGGUGGCAUCCCCAAGAUGAAGAAGCGCGAGGAGAUCCUGGAGGAGAUCGCCAAGGUCACCGAGGGCGUGCUGGACGUGAUCGUCUACGCCAGCGCGGCCGACAAGAUGAAGAAUCGCGGCUUCGCCUUCGUCGAGUACGAGAGCCACCGCGCGGCCGCCAUGGCGCGCCGCAAGCUCAUGCCCGGCCGCAUCCAGCUGUGGGGACACCAGAUCGCCGUGGACUGGGCCGAGCCCGAGAUCGACGUGGAUGAGGACGUGAUGGAGACCGUGAAGAUCCUCUACGUGCGCAACCUCAUGAUCGAGACCACGGAGGACACCAUCAAGAAGAGCUUCGGCCAGUUCAACCCGGGCUGCGUGGAGCGCGUCAAGAAGAUCCGCGACUACGCCUUCGUGCACUUCGUCAGCCGGGAGGACGCCGUGCAUGCCAUGAACAACCUCAACGGCACUGAGCUGGAGGGCUCGUGCCUCGAGGUGACGCUGGCCAAGCCCGUGGACAAGGAGCAGUACUCCCGCUACCAGAAGGCGGCCAAGGGCGGCGGCGCGGCCGAGGCGGCGGUGCCGCAGCCCAGCUACGUGUACUCUUGCGACCCCUACACGCUGGCCUACUACGGCUACCCCUACAACGCGCUCAUCGGGCCCAACAGAGACUACUUUGUGAAAGCAGGCAGCGUAAGAGGCCGGGGUCGAGGUGCGGCUGGCAACAGAGCCCCAGGGCCCAGGGGUUCCUACCUCGGGGGAUAUUCGGCUGGCCGUGGUAUAUAUAGCCGAUAUCAUGAAGGGAAAGGAAAGCAGCAAGAAAAAGGAUAUGAACUUGUACCGAAUUUGGAAAUCUCUGCCGUCAAUCCAGUUGCCAUUAAACCUGGUACAGUGGCCAUCCCUGCCAUUGGGGCCCAGUAUUCCGUAUUUCAGGCCGCCCCAGCCCCUAAAAUAAUUGAAGAUGGCAAAAUCCACACAAUGGAGCACAUGAUCAGCCCCAUCGCGGUGCAGCCAGACCCAGCCAGCGCCGCAGCUGCCGCCGCCGCCGCCGUCAUUCCUGCUGUGUCAACGCCGCCACCUUUCCAGGGCCGCCCGAUAACUCCAGUGUAUACGGUGGCUCCAAACGUUCAGAGAAUUCCCACUGCUGGGAUCUACGGGGCCAGUUACGUUCCGUUUGCUGCUCCUGCCACGGCCACGAUCGCCACACUACAGAAGAAUGCGGCUGCCGCUGCCGCCGUCUAUGGAGGAUAUGCGGGCUACAUACCUCAGGCCUUCCCCGCCGCUGCUAUCCAGGUGCCCAUCCACGACGUCUACCAGACAUACUGACACUGGGGAGGAGAGUGGAGACAGACCACGAGCUACCCCUGAAGGAACACUUUACUAUUUAUGAAGAAAGAACGUGCAGGAUUAGCACGCCUAUGAAAGUGAAGAAUGUUAUCAAAUGUCAUACUGAAAUAUUUUAUAUUCAUGAUGAAGUUUUCACUAGUUUUUUUUUAAGACUAUUUGCAAUUUAGCAGCCUGUGUUCAUACAUUUCUAAGAGACUUGCAAUGGUUCGUGCCUUAAUACCAUCUCUGAAAAAUUUGUACGCUGUAGUACAUUUGUAUAGAGGUUUUUGUUUUUUGUAUUUUUAAGGAUAUAUUUUCAGUAUGAAGGUUAUUUUCUUAACUUCUGCACUCCAGAGAUUUCUAUUUUGUAGUACCUUCAAUAAUAUAUCAACUAUAUAUUGAAAAGCACACUUGAGCAGCUAGGGAACUAUUUUGAAAAAUAUAGUCAAUAUUUAAAGAUACAAACAAUAGUGCUUUAAAAUACUACAUAAAAUGUUAUUUUAAAAGUUAUACUGGAAAGUGCAAUUUUAAAGUGAGUAAAAUCUCUAUUUUAGCUGGCAUUAAGGGUUGACGGUGUUACCAUCUGUUCUCUAUGACAGUUCUUUUUUUUUAUUUUUAAGGAAUUAAACACUCGAUUUCUCCUUAAGCCCAUGUUGAAAAGACUUGUCACAUAUCUGAGUCCAAACACUGGAAAGCUCUCACCUGCCACCAUCACCCUGGACCCUGUUCAUUCUCCAUUUGUCUUUCCCUCUCCACACCCCUACUCCUUCCUUCCUCCUUUCCCCAGCCCCACCUGUGAGUCUGGCAAGUCUAGGGCAAAAUGAAUUACUCUGAUAGAGAGAACAUUGAUGGCUUUUAUACUUCUUCCUGGGUUUUUGUCGGGGGUAGGGGGUGUUUUGUUGUGGGUUUUUUUGUUCUGUUUUGGUUGGGAAGGUAUUUUCAAUAGCAGAGUAUGCAUAAGCACAAGGUUUUCAUAGUUUCCAUAAGACAUCUUUGCAUAGCUAUUUAAUUGUCUUCUAUAAAACCUUAGUUCUUUUUCUCAUGCUUUUAUUUUAUUCAUUUUUUGAAGUAUGAGUUUGUAGAGACAGUGAAUGUCAUUGUAGACAAGGCCCCCAAAGACUCUAGUCACAGAAAGUUAAUGCUUCUAGUUGCUUUUAUCAUGUUUCAAUGCGAAACGUCUUGGGCGGCAAGGGUGUUGGAAAUAUGUUUAUUGAGCAGGGCUUUCCUCCGUAGCUGCGCACGUGGCAGGUGUACUGAAUGGGGACCUACACACCCAGGAGGAGGAGGAAAGACCUGGAGGAGUUAAAAGAUAGUUUGUAAAUAAUCUCCUAAUGCUGGCUUUUAGUUGUUUCAUGUUGCAGACGUUCAUGGUGUAUCGUUUAAUGCAAAAUGAAACCAUUUUAUUUCAAUGUUAUUAAAAAUUGUUGUUUUAUUAGGAAGUAAAUGUAUUGUUGCAGUGUUGUGCCUGUUUCAAGGCUUGUGUUUAUCAGAGUGAAUGUAAAAUACAGUAAAAUGUUAAGAUUGUCAUCUGCUUUAGGAAAUACAUCAACUUGGAACUUUUUUUAAAGGCUCCAUCACGGAAUUGAGGUGUGCAAUAGGUGGCAAGUACACAGUUGUGUUUUUAUGUCACAUUAGAGAUCUGUAAAAUCUUUCCACUCAAUUUUUGCUGAUGGCUGAAUUCGUAUUUAUGGAUUAAUAAUAAGAUCAUGCCUUUAGCAACUAUUGUAGUUUUGUUUUCAGUUUUAAAUUAAGACAUUCCCAAAUGCCUCUUUCCCCGCUCAUUUUAGGGUGGGAUGGAUUUUUUAUAUAUAAGCAAUAUUUAUUUAACUAUUCUGUAAAAUUAUUGAGUGCCUGCAAAGGCCUUUAAACAUUUCUAACAUUUAUUUCCCACCAUUCUUGAAUGACGUAAAUAAUUGUGCAAUGUUCCUGAUGAUGUACCCAGCAAGCUGCAUCCAAACUCAAAUCUGUUGGGAUGAGUAAUCCAACAAAAUGCAAUUUGGAUCAGAUCCUCAUCCCUUGACUUUGUGUGACAGAAGUACUGUCCUUCCAAUGAAGAACUGUCACAGGUUCACUGGAUGAGACUCUGGCCCAGCGGUCUUACUGUAUUUUACAUAUGCCUGUAAAUUAUUUGGAAAAAAAAAAAAAAGUAAUAAAAAAAGAAAAAAAAUUGAUAUCUUAACAUUGCAACUACCAAACUACCUUAAAAACAAAUGUUGGUGAGCCUCCUAUCUGGUCUGUCUGUUUCUGUUUCAAAACCAUUUCAGAUACACUACUGAGGUAAGUUUAUAACUUGAAAUGUGAACUUUUUUUUUUUUUAGGGUUAAGAACAAACUAUAUAAAUGUUUAAAAAAAAAAGCUUUAGUGUUCCCUGUUUCAAACAUGCUAGCAAUUUAGUUGUUAUCUUUAGUUGCUUUGUAUUUGAAAAGCUUUUAAAUUUAUUUAGAUCUUGCUCCAUAUACAAUACAUUCUUAGGAUGUAUGUAGUAAAUAAAGCUUUCUUUAAAGCAA